CCGUCAACCACGGGUUCACGGGUCCAUGGCCCCCAGCCGCCCAGCCCAAUCCGAGUCGGCGCCCCACGGCCCCCCCAGUCGACUCGCCCAAAUUGGAGUGAGUGCCGCGAAGCGCAGAGCAGCAGCCCAGCGUAGAGGCUGCAGAGCAGAGCAGAGCAGAGCAAUGCAGAGUAGAGCAGUGCAGUGCAGUGCAGAGCAGAGCUUGUGUGCAGCUUUGUCCCUAUUUUGUUCCCAGUUUGCUUCCCAUCUGCCCUUCACUGCCGCCCCUAACCCCCCCUCCCCCCUCCCAGAUCUGCCAGUCCAAGCCAAGCCCGUCCGAGGCGUCUCUGCUCCCAGCGGUGACAUGACAGAGCCCCGGAUCUCCACUAUUCGCUGACGCAGACGAGGACCCCGUCCGUCGCCGUCACCGUCACCCCGUCACUCCGUCGCCGUCGAGGCCAUGGACAAUGAUCUGAGCCUUUCUCAAUCGUUCGGAGGCUUGCGUAUCGCCAACCCAGAUGCAUCAUCGCCAGGAAUCGAAAACGUGCCUACCAACCCGGUGCUAGACGCUUCAUCAGUUCUGGCGCCCUUCCGAUCCGCAGAUGUGACGGACCCUCCUCCGCCUCUAGGAUCGAGAGACGCCAGAUCCUCGACAGAUCCCCAACCGCAAUCUCGCAGACACUCUAUCUUUAAUAUCAUCCGCCGCGGUGAACCCUCCCCUGACUCGCUGCCUUCAUCACGAACUCCUCCGCAAUAUCUCGAGGGAAAGUGCGCGCCUCCAAAUACGCGGUCCGAUUCCAGUGGCAGUGAAUCGUCCAAAGCACAAAGUGAUCCGCUCGCACGAGCUGCAGCCUCAAAGCCGAAUCGUCAAUCGAUGCUGCCCCUGAAUCACCAAGAACAACAGCAAGCUCAGUUCCCACCAUAUCAGCUGAAUGCAAUGCAGAACGGCAACAGAGGCUACCCCCCUGCCGGUUCAUCUCGUCCUGUUUCAGGAGUCUAUUCAGCUCAACCUCCUCCCAACACGAUACCCUCCCGGGAACCCGGCUCAUACAGACUACGAAGUGAAUCAUCAAGAUCGCCAAUGGCUGGCAUACCUACAAGAAGUGAUUCACGAGGUGGCACAGCAAUGCAGGCAGGUGUCCCAUCGAGAGAAUUAAGUCACAGAGACCGUUCCUACAGUCAGAACCAUCCCUUACCGGCUGGGAACGGACCUUUACCACCACGGCGAAGCUCGAGGGGGAUGGGUGGAGGUCAUACGGAAACUGCUGCGGGCUCUUCGAAUUCCCCGGCCCCGAGAUACGACUUAGACGGCAAUCUCGUGCCCAGCAGUGAGGAGUGGAAAGACAAGGGUGCAGCGGUAGGCGUCCGGGAGGAAAUAGAUGCGAAUGGGAGGGUGGUGUAUAGACAGGUUAAGAAGGGCGUGCGGGAUUUCGUCUUCGGCCGGACAUUGGGAGAGGGUUCAUACAGCACCGUGGUCUUGGCAACAGACAGACAAACACUGAAGGAAUACGCGGUCAAGAUUUUGGACAAGAAGCAUAUCAUCAAAGAGAAGAAGAUCAAAUACGUGAACAUCGAGAAGGACACCCUCAACCGACUGAUCGAGCACCCAGGAAUCGUUCGGCUAUAUUACACCUUCCAGGAUAGCACGUCUCUUUAUUAUGUGCUGGACGUGGCUAGUGGGGGCGAGCUUCUUGGGGUUCUGAAGAAGAUUGGUUCCUUCGACGAGGAGUGCACACAGUUCUACGGAGCAGAAAUUCUGGAUGCGAUAGAACACAUGCAUAACAGAGGUGUGAUUCACCGGGAUCUCAAGCCUGAGAACGUUCUCCUGGAUGACCAGAUGCACAUCAAAAUCACCGACUUUGGGACUGCAAAAUUACUACCAGACCCACGAACACCGAAGGAAGCGACUCCGUAUGAUCCUGCAGGACAAGACGAAGAAUCGACACGGGCACGAUCUUUUGUUGGAACGGCAGAGUAUGUCAGUCCCGAGUUGCUCACAGACAAAAAUGCCUGUAAAGCCAGUGACCUGUGGGCUUUUGGGUGCAUUAUCUACCAGCUUUUGACCGGAAGACCUCCUUUCAAAGCCGGGAAUGAGUAUCAAACAUUCCAAAAGAUAGUAGGCCUGGACUACCAGUUCCCGCCCGGAUUUCCUCCGGCUGCCAGAGAUCUAGUUGAACGCCUCCUGGUUCUCGACCCACAAAGGAGGUUGUCGAUCGAGCACAUCAAGAAUCACGAGUUCUUUGAUGGCAUACAAUGGGGACGUGGGCUCUGGAAGAUGAAAGCACCACGGCUGAAGCCUUAUAUCCCCCCUACUCAAGAACCCACCAUCAUUAAGCUCAAUGGCUAUUCGAGCUCGCCUCAACCAAUCCCCACAUCCCGGGCACAGCAAGCGCCCUCCUCAAAUGGUAAUCCUCGACCCCAACCAAGAGUAAUCACGGAACUACCACCACCGACACAGCUCGAUAUUGAAUGGUCACCUGUUCUGACACGGAACAACGAGCGAAUAUUAAAACUUGGAAAUCUGAUGGUGCUAUCGACUCCACUCCCACACAGUCCAAAUUCGCGGAAUGGAGAGAAUGGAGAGGCUCACGAAAAGAAGGGACUCGCAAGGUUUUUUGGUGGCAGCACUACCAAGAAGAGGCAACGACUCGUGAUGGUGACAUCCAGCGCUAGGAUUAUCUUGGCUGCUGCAGGGGGGGACGAGAAGAAAUCGAAGUCAGAAAUUUCGCUCCUCGCAUCGGAAUGCUCCUGGAGAACGCAGUUGGAUGCAAAGGGUCAAGAAGUGUGGUGUGUUGAUACUCGCGGAACACACUACACUUUCGAAGACUCCAAGACCUCCGUGACAACCGGAGACCCAACAAAAAGCUCGGCCCAGGAGUGGAUUGAGUCCAUAGAGCGUGCCAAAGACAUAGCGCUUUCCCAAAAUACUGCAGGCUCAUACAACAGCGAUACGGGUUUCGACAUGGGCUCUUCCGUCUCGAGUCCAAGCAGUACUCUUCACGGUAACAGCAUAUACCCAGAGGGCUUUAAUGUCACAGAUCGAGCGGGACGAAACCAUCUAACUAAGAGCCAAGCCAGCUUGGGUGGAGAAGAGCAUGUUGAAAAGGCCAAGAAGCAUCGAUUCAGUAAGAGACAGUCCAAAAACGGACUUUCCACUCCAUUUUGAGGCGAGGGCUCACCAGCUCUUUUAUAACGAUUUUCGGGGAGAUCGUGGAGGGCGCACUUAGCAUAAUUCGGUUCGUGGAGCAUUUGAUAGCGCGGCGCUGGUUUGAUUCACUUCUUGCAUUCCCUUUCAUACCACCUUUUGAUAGGGCCUUUUACGAAUAUCAAGACGCUUCUCUUUUCUUUCAGGUCAGCCUGGCAGGCUUGGGGCUCGGGGUUACUUUGCGCACAUCAUCGAGCAUAGCGUUUUGGCUAGAUCUAUAGGCGGAACGAUUUAUCGUUUGGGUGGUUGUGGUAUUUAAUUACGUGCUUAUGCGGUGGCUUUCAUGUAGAGAAGAUUCCUCGCUGCUUAAGACAGGUUUGCGCCGUUGCUUUGCAAAUGUAAAGUAGAGCGAUGCUGAAAGUGAAGGGCCAGCAUGGUCUUGUGGGCAGCGAUUGAAAAUGCCAGACUUUUUGAGCUCGAAUCAUUGAUCCAGCAAAUAAUCUGAGAUCCAGC